AUGGCUACCGAAACUUGUUAUACAAUCAUUCAUCAAGAUGAUAGCUUGGAUCAACCCUCACUUCAAGAGCUUAAGACGGCAUUGGAGAAAGGUUCAGAAGAAGCUAAAAUUGAUACUAUGAAAAAAAUUUUGGUUACUAUGCUUAAUGGAGAUCCACUUCCACAAAUUCUUAUGCAUGUAAUUCGUUUUGUGAUGCCUUCAAAAAAUAAGACCUUGAAAAAAUUACUUCAUUUUUACUGGGAAAUUUGUCCAAAAACGAAUCCCGAUGGGAAGCUUAAACAAGAAAUGAUUCUGGUUUGUAACGCGUUGAGAAACGAUCUUCAACAUCCAAAUGAGUAUAUAAGGGGUGCAACACUUCGUUUCCUCUGUAAGCUACGUGAACCAGAAUUAUUGGAACCGUUGCUACCAUCAUGCCGUUCUUGUUUGGAGCAUCGACAUUCUUAUGUCCGAAAAAACGCCGUCUUUGCCAUUUACACCAUAUAUAAACAUUUUGAGUAUCUAAUUCCUGAUGCCCCGGAGUUAAUUCAGAGUUUUUUAGCUGCAGAAGCCGAUCAAACCUGCAAACGAAACGCUUUUGUUAUGCUUUGUAAUACAAACCAGUUGCGUGCUGUUGAAUAUCUUAACGAUGUUUUCGAUCAAGGAAAAUAUAUUAGGUGUAUCUUUGAACUACUGAACGCUGCGUCUCAUUCUGUUAAGUACGAAGCCGCCACUUCACUAAUGGCUCUUACUCAUGCUCCUGCAGCUGUUAAAGCUGCCGCUUCCUGUUACAUCGAACUAAUUAUUAAGGAGUCUGACAACAAUAUAAAAUUAAUUGUUUUGGAUCGGUUGGAUGAACUGCGUGAAAAACAUGAGCAAACGUUGGACGAUCUGGUAUUAGAUAUUCUGCGUGUGUUAACUAGGUAG